CCCAAAUAAAACAACGGAGAGAUCGAAAUGACCCAAAACUCUCUCUUUCUCUCUCUACAUUCUCGCUGUAUCACCUAAAAGAAAGCUGACCCGUUCCAAGCACAAAAACAGAGUAGCUGAAAGCAAGCAGAGCAGACCAAACAGAAGCAGGGCUUCAGAUCCUUGUCAUUCGCCGAACAGCGUAAAAAUCAAGAACGCUGAAGAUCUCUUCAAAUUCGACUAAUCCUUCUGAGUUCUAUUGCAGCUUUUUCCAAUCUUGGCCAACCUCCCCUGCUUUCUCUAGUUUCGUAUGGAGACAGAGAAGGAACAGCAGAAGCAUCGAUGCAAGAUUUGCAACAAGAGCUUCUCCAGCGGAAGAUCCCUCGGCGGCCACAUGAGGUCUCAUAUCCAUUCAUCGCACUCGGAUGCGGAGGAGAAGGAGAAGCUGGAGGGAAGCAGAGGUCAAGUGGGUUUGGGAUUUGGUUAUGGCCUCAGGGAGAAUCCCAAGAAGACAUUCAAGUCAUCGGAUUUCGCUGGUGAAGAUCUUGCUCCAUCUUCGAAGCUCUGCAAGGAAUGCGGCAAAGAGUUUCCUUCUUGGAAAUCUCUCUUUGGUCACAUGAGAUGGCACUCUGUGAAGUUGAAUUACCCUCGAAGCUUCGAGGAGGAAGAAGAAGGAUCUUGGAUCGAGGAGAAGGACUCUUCUGAGAGUUUCUCGGAUGAAAAUGAACAAACACGAUUUCCCAUUCCAGUCGUACCGAGGAGGAAGCGGAGGUCAAAGCGGGCUUCUCCGGCGUCGAUAACUGGUUACGAGCCGGAGCAAGAGGAUGUGGCUGUCAUUCUCAUGAUGCUUUCCAGAGAUAUCAGCGAGUUCUCCGAUAAGAUUUCAGAGCAGGACUCUGGCGAUGAGUUAAGGAAGAGGAAGAUUAUGAAUCCUACUGUAUUGGGAAAGAAGAGAGCAAUGCUUGGUGACAAUGGCUACCCCUUCAAUGAAUUGAAUGUUUUGGGAAGCAGAUACAAAUGCUUAACAUGCAAGAAGGUAUUCCAGUCCUACCACGCUCUCGGAGGCCACCGCGCCAGCCACAAGAGGAUUAGAAAUUGCUGCAGGGAAAACCCUAGCUUCGACAUUGAAGCUUCAGUCGAAAACCUAGGGGUAGUUGGUCAGAAGAGCAGAAUCCAUGAGUGCAACAUUUGUGGUAAGGUUUUCUCAUCGGGCCAGGCAUUGGGUGGGCACAAGAGGUCUCAUUUGAUCUCGAAUAUUGGAGGCAGAGAAGGCGGAGGUGAUCAUCAAAGAAUCGUGGUUGAGCACUUUUCAGAGCCUCUUGAUCUCAAUCUUCCAGCUCCCGUGGUUGAGGGAUCGAGCAAUUUGAAAGCUUGGUGGGCCGAGUUGAGCCGUAAGCAUGAGCAGCAUUAGGCAAGCUCGAUCUCCAAUUAAUGAAGAAAAACUAAAGAUGCAGAUAGUGUACAGACUCUGCCUUGGAGUUGCUUGAGCUCCUAUUUCAUUGAUUCAUUCUUUUUAGUUUGCCAGAAAAGGUAAAAAUUUGGGAGCUUUUAGCUUCCUGUGUCACUAAUGAUUCAACUUUCUUGGUUGAUUUUGUUAGAUCUGUUCGUUUCCAGAAUGAAUCUUAGCUUAAAACAGAAACCAUAAUAAAGGAAACUAACGAUGAAUUACUGCUUGAAAUUGUUUCUUAUUUCUCUCUCUCUUGUUUUGUUUUGAAAAGUUGAACAGAAUCCAGCACGAACUGAAUUAUUUUCUUGGUAUUUUCUCCUC